AUGGGGGCUGCCCUGUGCCACCUGGUGCCCCUCAAGCCGUACAGCCUUAUUGAGUGGAAGUAUGACAUCAGCUACAUUGCACGUGGCAAGGAUGACUGCGUUGGCUCCGGAGCUUUUGGCCAAGUUCGCCCGUGUGUGGAGUUGAGUAGCCGAGCCGAUCGAUGCGUGAAGAGUAUCGUGAAGGAGACGUGGUGGACACGGCCUGCUGUUGUACAGGAAAUCGAGCUGCUGGAGAUGGUCUCCGGGAACCACCCGAACAUCGUCGAGUAUUACGAGUGCUUCGAGGAGAUCAACGUCAUCCACUUGGUUCUCGAGUAUUGCUCCAAGGGCAAUCUCAGCAAUGUCAUCCUGUCCAAGAGGUUCAAAGAAGGUGGCGAGACCUUGACAGCCAAGAUCUCCUACCAGAUUGCAGGGGCUUUGCAGUUCUUGAGGGACCUGCAAAUUGUCCAUCGAGAUGUAAAGCCGGGCUCCCAGGCCAUAUCAAUGGCAACCCACCGAGUCGCAGAAAAGUGGACCAUCACAGACUGCUUUAGCUGGCAAUCCAGGAUCAUGCCAUCAAAUCUGGUGUUCGCAGAGGACGAGGUUGUAAAGCUGACCGACUUCGGCUGCGCUUGCUUGGCAGAUGAUGCUGUGCAGGACCUCACUGACAUCAAGGGCACUCCGAUUUUCUUUUCUCCGGAGAUACAUCAGCUGCCACGAGGUCGGGGCUAUUCAUUCCCUGCCGACAUGUGGGCGUUGGGAAUCUGCAUCUAUAUGAUGUUGUGCAAAGGUGCGCAUCCUUUCAUGAAGGAAGGCGGCGCCUUGAGAACACGUGACCACCACACCGGUGUGUUUGAUGUCGACUGGUUCACGAGUUGGUCCGCGAGGGACGCGCUGCAAUGGGCAUUGAUGCCUCAUCCUGGCCAGCGUAUCCAGCCAAACGAGUUGAUGGAGCACAAGUGGCCCCAUGCCAGCAUGAUGGUGAUGUAA